AUGCCUCCCAGGAAAUCUAAAGCUUCCGGCGCGGGCAAGUCGCGGCCGAGUGACGUUCAAGCUGGCGAUCCCGUUCCCGUUCGCGCAAAGCGUAGAUACCGUCCUGGCACAGUCGCUCUUCGCGAAAUUCGACAUUACCAAAGUGGCACGAAACUGCUCCUCCGAAAGCUCCCAUUUGCGCGCCUUGUUCGAGAAAUCGCUUUGACAAUGCGCCCACGAGACGAAGGCUUGCGCUGGCAGAGCCAAGCCAUCAUGGCACUACAAGAAGCUGCUGAAGCUUACAUGGUGCAUCUGUUCGAAGAUACCAACCUAUGCGCAAUUCACGCCAAGCGUGUCACAAUCAUGCAGAAGGAUAUUCAACUAGCAAGGAGGAUACGCGGUAUCUGGGGUGGGCUGGGUUAG